AUGCCAGAAGCCGGUAUACAUCCAGAUAUCAUCACCCCUGCCAUCAGCCGCCUUCUUGGAAAGGACGCUUCUGUGCGACCUGGAUAUUAUGAGAACGGAUCUACCAAGGCUACUUACUACCUCAAAGCUUUCAAAAGUUUGAAACCUGCUACGAUUGAGAAGAUUGAAGGCCUGCUCGGCGCGAUAGUGGGCAAUGAAGCGGCGUCGAGAAGAAGUACAAGGUCGUUCAGAUAUGACUGA